UUCUGUUUUCACGUUUUCGUAUCUCACAUCGAUUCUCUCCGGUUCUAAAAUUGUUAUUAGGCAGUAGCAGUGUAGAUAAAACGAAAAAUAUUUUACUAUCUGAUAUUGUGUACCCGUUAUCAUAAUGAAUAAUAUAUCCCGGUUGAAGUGGUUGACAAUUAAAAAGAGAAUUUCGGAGAAUAUGUAGAUAAUUCAGUGCCUGAUGUAUAUCUUUACAGUGUGGUGAUAAUACCAAAUGAUUCAAGGAAGAUGUCGUGUCUGGAAUAUAUGUAUAGCAGCUCUAAUCUUCCUAACAGCAUACAAUGUGAUGUUGACAGUAAAAUUGAUGUACACACAAGACUGCCCGAAACAUCACAGCAUUCAGAAAGUUCCAGAAAUAAUUUAUGAGAAGUGCAACAAAGACAUCGAAUAUAUCCAAGAUGAAAUUUAUUCAAAUUUAAAUUUAAAUUUAGGACGUUGGGAUAACCAGCAUAAAUAUAAAUUAUUUGAUAAUUUCUUAGUAGGAAAAAAAUACACCAUUUUAAGCGAUUUAUACGAAACCUGUCUAGCAACACAAGGCUCUCUAGAAAAACUUCCUUCCUUAAUAGAAGUUGCUCAUAAUUGGAAUGGUCCCAUAUCGGUGGCCACAUUUGCUGCUAGCGAAGAAGAAUUAAAUGCACUGCUACUAUAUAUUUUGUAUCUCAGGAAAUGUAACGAAAAAAUAAUCGAUAAAGUUACUUUUCAUUUGGCUCUCGCAAAAGAACGUAAACCUAAACAAUUUAAUAUAGACACACAGAAAUUGAAGGAAUUGAAAUGUAAUAAUCCUACAGAAGUAGUACAACAUUUAAGCAAGAAUUUACAGAAAGGUAGUAAUCAAUGGAGGUCCAGGCUACCGUACCCCCAAAACCAUGUGCGAAACCUAGCCAGAAAAAAUUGCCAAACGCGAUUUACAUUUCUAACAGAUGUUGACAUAAUUCCCAGCAAAGGUAUGGCAGAAGUUUUGGACGCAUAUUUGAGGGAAAAUAAGUGCAAGGACAAAUGCGCGUAUGUAGUGCCAACUUAUGAAAUAGACGAUAGAGUAAUGUUUCCUCACAAUAAGACUGAAUUGAUACGGUUGGCAAAUAAAGGAUUGGCGAGACCAUUUCAUCAUAAAGUGUUUAUUUAUAAUCAGUUUGCAACAAAUUUUUCCAGAUGGCAAAAUACUAAAGAUGAAACAGAAGACGUGCAUAUAAGUCAUCCAGUAACAAAUUUUGAAUUCUUUUAUGAACCGUUCUAUGUAGCUCCAGAUGUCGUUCCUCCACAUGAUGAAAGGUUCAUUGGUUAUGGAUAUACACGAAACAGUCAGGUGUAUGAAAUGUAUGUUGCUGGCUAUAAAUUUCAUGUUCUUUCGCCAAUAUUUACAUGUCAUUGGGGACUUCAAGUUAAACGAUCCAGACCUCCUUGGCGGGAACACCAAAACACCCUGAAUCGUAAACUUUUCGACAGUUUCAAGAAAGAAGUUUUCGCUAGAUACAAUAAAGAUCCUUUAAAUCUCAUAAAACCUAAGAAAAAUUGAAGAAUCUUCUUUUUGAGAAAGUAACCCGGGGACCACGUUGAGAAGACAAUUUUGGUGCGAGCCUUUAAACAUUUGUAAUUGUUGCUAAUGAAGUGGAACAGAAGGAACUGUAAAUAGAGCCCAAAUAUCUUAUUAUCAAUUGCGAUAAUAAACUGCAAUCGAAU